AUGGAUUCUAAAGUCCUCAUUUUACUUGUUGCCACUAUCAUAGUGGUUGCGGAAGCCAGAUAUUACAAAAGAGAAGCCAACCCAUGUGGGUAUGGAUGCCCUGCUUCGUGUGCACCGUCUUGUUCAAGUGUCUGUUGCUUACGACCUCCACCUCCACCCCCACCGCCACCACCGCCACCACCACCUCCCCCACCACCACCACCAGGACCACCUGGAAUGGUAGGACAUGAUGGUCCACCAGGAAUCCCAGGACCGAUGGGCAUGCGUGGACCACCGGGUGACCGUGGUCCAAUAGGCCAACCAGGCCUCCCUGGACCUCCUGGCGAACCAGGCUUGCCUACCUUUGGCUAA